GGGCUGACCGAGAGCAGUUUAAUUCUUGUUUUUGUAUUUUGCAAUAUGACAGAAACAAUGUCACACCUCCCCGAAAACUUAAUAAAGCCGCAUUUGACGGGCGCAUCUUGGAAUCCAGCCAUGAGGCCAGAGGACGCGCCGGACGCAUCGGUACCCGAGGCGAAUUCACUGUCCGCAAUAGAACGGCUAUCACAACAAACAGACGAAAUACCCGCUGAUGAUACAGUAAAAGAGGAUAUUAUAUCGAAAUCGGAGUCUCAGUCAACCCCCGGGCAUAAUGUCGCUACUAUCUCGACUGCCGAGCAUAACGAAUCUCCCGCCCCGUCGAUUGAACCAACCGAAGAAGAAAAGCCGUUGAAUAUCAACUGGGGCGAAGAAGCAGAUGCUAUAUGGAACAUCCAGUCUCAGAAUCCUUUCGAAAGAGAGGAUGUAGCCGCUCGGACGAACUCUUUCCCUCCCGUGAGUAAUACAACGGAACCAACUGAUGAGGAAAUCCCCAUCGAACAACAUGCUAGCGCGCCGCAGAAUCACGAGGAGCCUCACAACAGCCAACAAGAAGACUCACAUUCAGGUUCACAUUUCGAAGCGAUUCAGAAUAACAAUGAUAAUAAUUUCUGGGAGGCUGACGGUGCGGAAGAUGACGAAGGGGAGUUUUUUGAUCAGCUGAAAACACAAACGAAACCGAUUUAUGUGCCACCCGAAGCUGAGUCCCGCUUUGAGGAAGGUAUCCCUCUAGUUGAGAAUGAAUCGAACUUCCAAACAGACGGCGCGAACAAGGAUGAGCCUCAACUCGAUGAUGUGUUUAGAGAUGAUGAAGAGGACGAUUUCUUUGCAUCUGCAGUUAAGGGAGAUAAUUCGGCGCCAGAGAAACCAACAGUUCUUCGAAAAAGUACAUACGACGUUCUUGGUGGUCGUGACUCCAGUAUCCCAGAUUCGCCAGUCGGAGAGUCUCCUGCAGCUCCAGAGCUGGAAAAAGAAGAUGACGAUCUUGCAGCAAGGUGGCAAGCGGAAUUGGACGAUGCUGAAUACUCUCCUGAUGUUCCAGAGCCGAAAGCAGAAGAGGAAGAUCUCGCGGCGAGGUGGCAAGCAGAAUUGGACGAUGACGACGAUGACCUGCUGUUGGAGAAUGAGACAAAGUAUAAACCUCGGGAAGAGUCCACGUUUUUCAAUGGAGACUCUGCUGGCGACUUGUGGUCUCCACAGAGAGCACCGUCAAAUUACACGAACCCAUAUACUCCGCAUCAGCCUUCAUCAACCGAGCUUUUUCAAAGCUUGCCUAACAUUUAUACCCCUGUAUCUGGUGUGAGCGCGCCGCCAUCUGGAGUUCCUGAAACCCCAACGGAGAAGGAGGCAGCAACACAUAGCUUUGUGGACCAAGCGAAGGAUGGAUAUAAAUCACCCUAUGAUCUCCCCGAGUCAUUAGCACCGCGACCACGACGAGCAGCAGCACGCAGGACUGCACCUCCUCCAUCGGCUGGAAUACCCCCUCCGCCUCCACGAAGCAGUAGCAUUCCACCUUCCCUUUCUAUUCCUGUCGUCAGCUCUGUGCUCCCUCAGCCCGGAGCCCAAAAAACUGUCUCGCAACCUGUGGGCGGUGCGGAUCCUGUUGCUAAUAACUUUUUUGAAGAGCUACCUGCUCUGGCACCAAGACAACAUCCUGGAAGUCGCACAGGGGCAUAUACUCCUGCUCCGGUGGUAGCGAGCGCCCCACCUCCAGGCGAAUCAAUGUUACCGCCAUCAAUGCCACCUCCGUCUUUACCGCUGUCACAGGUUGGCCCAGAUGUUGCAUAUCAGAAUCAGCUUCAAGCUCCUGAGCGCAUGGGUCCUUAUGCUAAUCUAACCGUGCCGAUGGCGUCGGCUGGGCCUGGCAUUGGUCCUCGAUAUUCGCCAAAGCCACCCAGUACCACUAGUAAAUCACCAUUAUCUUCUCGCUAUUCACCAGCACCGCCUUCUUCUCAACCGCCGAAUGGUCGAAACCGAUAUGUGUCCCAACCUAACAAUCUUCCUUUCCAACCUCGCACGUCAAGCCCGCUCGCCCAUCACGAAAAGACCGCAUACGAAGCACAAACGCAACAGCGACCUUCUACUUCAUCAGGAUCGUCUUCGUUGACAUAUCCAAUUUCAUCAAAUCACACACGAGGAUCAUUUUCUGUGCCUACCAACGACUUGCACGGUGGUACAGGUCCCCAAUUGCCCCAACCUUCACCAGCACCAGCAUCUUUUAGUCCGCCGGCAAAUCCAUGUGCUUCCAGUCUUACUAGCGAGCCGUCACGGCGCUCUUCUACCGAAUCACCUUAUACACCACACGUAGGUGUUGCUCCAACCAAUGUUUUACCACCCCCAGCAAACGACCUUGGAUUCGCACCCCUACGGAGGUCACAGACUCAAUCCCCUGGUAGACAGUCAAUUCGCCCCAGUUUCAUCAGAAACCCAACAGAGCCCGUCCAGCGACCCGCUUCUGUGCAUGAGCCUGGUUCCCCGACACAGGCUGCACAUGCUUAUACUAUUCCCCAAGUUACGUCGAUUGUUCGAGAAGUUCCCGAACUGGACUUCAUAAAGCCCACCGAUAGCCGAAAAUUGGAUCCUUUGCAACGUUGGAAAGGUGCCCCAGUGUUCAAAUUCGCCUUUGGUGGUCUAGUGUCUUCAUGUUUCCCUCAACAUAUUCCGCGGUAUACUGCAGGCCAGAUGAAUCCUAUGAUACAACCUGCGCCUGGUGAGACCAAGGUACGUCAACUCAAACAGAUUCUUCCUGAUGGAGACAUUGUACGGUAUCCUGGUCCCCUGAAGACGAAGUCGAAGAAAAAGGACGUUGUAGCAUGGCUUUCUAGUCGGAUUGCUGCUCUUGAGAAUGAAGGAAUUCCACCGUCACUCGACCAAGGACCGGACGCUCUCAAAAAGCAUGACGAGAAGAUUCUCCUGUGGAAGCUGUUGCGGAUAUUAGUUGAGAACGAUGGAGCUUUGGAAGGCACUAGUGAAAUUGAAAAGUCAAUAAGGAAUGUAAUAUCGCCUGAGCUGGAAUCGACAGAUCAAGGUAAUGGUUACGACACGGGAGCUGCGCCCGGGUUGUAUCACCCUACCAAUGGCUCUAUAUCAUCGGAGUCCGUUGCAUCCAAAGUUUUGGGACAGAUCAAGACCGAGCUUCUUGGUGGAUACCGUGAAAAGGCUGUUUGGUUAGCAGUGGAUAACCGUCUAUGGGGUCAUGCGAUGGUCAUUUCCUCAACUUUAGACAAGGCACUUUGGAAGCAGGUGGUUCAAGAGUUUGUCAGAAGAGAAGUCCGAUCUGCCGGCGAGAAUAUUGAGUCACUGGCUGCUUUAUACGCCGUCAUUUCUGGAAACACUGAAGAAAGCAUCGACGAGCUCGUCCCACCGUCUGCAAGGCUUGGAUUGCAAAUGGUCAGCAAAGAAGGCCAAGGUAUUAACAAAAAUGCCGUUGAUGGCUUGGAAAGAUGGCGUGAGACCCUCGGCUUGAUUAUCAACAAUCGUAGCCCUGAUGACCAUCAAGCACUUGUUUCUCUAGGGCAGUUAUUAGGGUCAUAUGGUCGUACAGAAGCAUCACAUGUUUGCUAUCUGUUCGCCAAAGCAUUCUCACAGCGCCCAAUUUUUGGCGGAGCGGAUGAUUCUCAGGCCUCCAUCGUCCUUUUAGGCGCAGAUCACCUCAAGUUCCCUACUACAUAUUUCCAGGACGAAGAUGCAAUUGCUUUGACUGAAGUGUACGAAUUCGCGACAUCUGUGUUGGCAGGAAGUGCGGUAGCUGUAUUGCCAUAUCUACAGCCAUACAAAUUGCAACAUGCUUAUAUACUAGCGGACAAGGGGUUGAGGACUGAGGCUAUGCAUUACUGCGAGGCUAUCGGCAGCGUGUUAAAGGCGUCUACCAAACCCUCUCCUUACUACCAUCAGCGUCUCUUUGCGGAGAUUGACGAGCUUGCAACACGACUAAAGCAAGCGCCCGGUGAUGGCGCUUCGUCAUGGAUUUCGAAACCAAACAUGGAGAAAGUAUCUGGUUCCAUGUGGGCGAGAUUCAAUAGCUUUGUGGCUGGAGACGAGAAUGAAGCUGCCUCUAACGGUUCUGCAACGGACGCGGAUGUUGGGCCUUUUGCCAAGGUCACCGAACCUGCUACUAUUAGCCGACCACCAUCGGUCUCUGAGGUAUACGGUUCAUAUUCAAUGGUUCAACCGGCAUCUAACGCAUUCUCGCGAUAUGCACCCGCCAACCAAUUCGCGCCAAGUUCUUCACCCGAGCAAUACCGUGCGCGUAGUUCGAUGGAAUCUCAACGGUCACCUUCUAUUGGUGUCACAUAUAACGCCAGAAGAGGCUCACAGGAGCCCGCCACACCGGUGGAAUCUAGUCCAUAUAAUUUCGCGUCAUCCAAUGCCUAUGGUUCACCAACUUCAUUCCCAUAUCAUUCAACUCCACCACAAUCUUCUUACGUUCCACUUGCUCCUGUCGAAGAGGAUCUGGCUACGCAGGCGCAACCGUCCUAUCCAGCAGCUCCUCAACAAUCAGCUUUGACGAGUGGAUUACAGGCGUCGCCGGAAAGAUUCGGCCAACCUCUUCACGAAGUAAACGAGACGUCACCAUCAGCUGAAGUCCCGCAUUAUGGCGGCUACGAGCCUCCAUCUAUAUCAUCAUAUGAACCGCCAUCCUACCAUCCGGAUUUGGGUCUUUCCACUGAUGGACCUGGUCAAGAAGAGGAAUCAGAUGAACCGGAGGAGAAACCCAAAAAGAAAACCUUUAUGGAUGAUGACGACGAUGAAGAUGAUCUAGCUGCUCGAGCAGCAGCAAUCCAAAAGGCUGAGAAGGCUCGUCGUGACCGCGAAGCGGACGAAGCAGUUCGGAGAGCUGCCGAAGCGGAUGCACAAAGACCCGCAGCUCCCAAGAAAGGCUGGUUUGGCAGCUGGUGGGGAGGCAAAAAAGAAGGCGAAUCAUCUGGCGGACCAAUUCGCGCCAAACUGGGUGAAGAAAACUCUUUCUAUUACGACCCCGAACUCAAGAAAUGGGUCAACAAGAAAGAUCCCAAUAGCGCAACGGCAUCUACACGAGCCACUCCUCCACCACCAAAGGGACCAAGUCGAUCUGCCAGCGUCGGCAGUACACCACCACCUCCUCCUGCUUCUGCGUUGCAUCGACCACCGUCCUUGUCGCAAUUGGGUGCUACCCUUGAUAGUCGUCCGUCAACGGGGACAGGUGUAUCACCCUUAGUCUCGAGUCCAGCAUUCGGACCACCUCCUCCAAACGGAGGAGGCCUCCCGCCUCGCUCUGUAUCUACUACUGCCGCUGCUACGGCAAGUACAACCACUCUACCGUCACCAUCCGCAUCAAGCGCAAAAGGAGCAGCUCCACUGCCGCGACCAUCGACAACAUCUUUGAGCAACGCAAGCUCAAUCGAUGAUCUCCUCGGAGCUCCAACGGCACGGAAAGGUGGUACGGUGAAGAGUAAAAAGAAGGGCAGGGGAUAUAUCGACGUUAUGGCGAAAUGAGCGACCAUUCAAAAAAUGUAUGGACUAUGGAAUGAUUGAGACGGUAUGGGUAUAUAAACGAGUCUCACCAUAUUUCUUCCUUCUGCGCAUAGAAGGACUCGUGUAAUGUUCCAUUCUGAAAUGUUUUAUUUUAUAUGCUUUUUUUUAAUGUUUUCUUUUGUCUCUGUCUAUUCUUAUGCAGGAUACGUUGAUACACGCCACCCCUCUUACUAAUUAUUUGAUUGAUUGUCCUCGAGAAAAGGAACAAGUCUAUAAGACUUGGAAUGUUAUUUGUCGAAUGAGUUUCGAGUCAUCUGGUUGGCGUUUUUCUUUUUUCUCCCCGUUUCUGUUUCUUUUGUCUACUGAUGUCGAUAUUUAUUAUUGAGUUAAUGUUGUGCAUGAGUAUGGCUCGUUAUCAUUGCCAAUAAAUACGUUCAUAUGCG